UCGACAUCUACGGCGCCAUCUUAUUGCUUUGAGCGAGGUAGAUCGAGACAAAUAGACAAGGUUGUCAUCAUCACUGGUAAUUAUGAGCGGAGCUAGAGCUCGCAUCGACCCGCCUGUUGCUACUGAGAAUGUCUCGAUCACCGGGCACAGUUCCGCGGCUGCUGCGCGGGAGCGCAAGCCAGGUGGAGCGGUUCUGAAGAGACUCAAGUCUCGGCAAAGCCAGGUGGAUAGUAGGCCCGUCACAGAAGAUGAUCUUCGAACACAAGUUGGCCACAUCACCCCUGAAGAGGUCCUAAGAUUGCGGGUUGCUACUCGGGGGUACCUGUGUAAACCAGAGGACAACAUCUUCGACAUAGAUUUCAUCCGCUUUAAAAUCAGAGACUUGGAGACAGGGACUGUGUUGUUUGAAAUUGUAAAACCACCUCAUACGGAGGACGAUGAGGAGAAUGGAGAGGGAGACAUGAGUGCCGGACGUUUUGUAUGCUACCAGUUCACCACUGCAUUCCUACAACUGAGGACUGUGGGAGCCACAGUGGAGUUUACGGUUGGUAACCGGCCUCUGAACAGCUUCAGGAUGAUUGAAAGGCACUACUUCAGGGAUCACCUCCUGAAGAGCUUUGACUUUGACUUCGGCUUCUGUAUCCCAAACAGCCGCAACACCUGCGAACACAUCUACGAGUUCCCUCAGCUGUCUGAGAGCUUGGUUCAUCAGAUGGUGGAGCAUCCCUACGAGACGAGAUCGGACAGCUUCUACUUCGUAGACAACAGACUGGUCAUGCACAACAAGGCAGACUACUCUUAUAACGGGGGCAGGCGUUGAGUCUGUUAUGUGCCUGUUUGUGUGUGUGUGUGUGUGUGUGUAUGUUUGUGUGUGUGCUGUGCCAAAGCCUAUACUCACACAAACAGACUCUCACCCAAGUGUUGAGUACUGUAAGUUAAACAAACUCUAUUGUCAUGGCAUAGCUGCUAGUAUGGAAAAGUUUAAGAACAGCAGGACAGAUCCACAUUAGAGCCAAAUAGACUACUGGCAAUAGUAUGGCAACAUUCUGCCAUAUAGUGCUUUGUCGUUCUCUCACCAAAAAUGAAAUGUGUUCCAGCUAACCAAGUGAUUUAUGUUAGUGUGUAAAAGGACAGUUAAUGUACUGUUCACUCUUUGACUUUUAGGGGGAGUCAUACUCAUAAAGGACCAGACAAUGCCCACAUACAUACAUACAUACAGACAGGCAGACUGACCGGCAGAUAGGCAGACAGAUAUAGAAACAAUCUCCCUCGCUCCCUCCUUCCCUCUCCUUCUCUCUAUUUCUCUCUCUCUGUCGUUACCUGCUGUGCCCACCCGCCACUCUAGAUGUAUUAAUAAGAGAGGAAGGGGGAAGACACACACAAACCCACUCACACACACACUCACUGUCAAACACACAUGCCAGCUCACUCACAUACAGUGCCUAGUGAAAGUCUACACACCACUUGCUUGUCCCCGGCAGGGACUUGUGAGUUUGUCAGGAUCAAAAUAAAUAUGAAACAAGCAAAGCCCAGGUAAAAAGUUAGAGGAAAACCUGCCUCAGUCUUCUGAAUACCCUGGGAUAGAGUUUUAUUUUACAGCAAGACAAUUACACCAAUGUUAAUGCCAAAGACACACCAGAAUGGCUUUCAAAUUGGUGUUGAGUGUUUCUGAAUGGUCCAGUCUCAGUCCUGACUUAAAUCUGCUUGAUUUAAACAAGGUUUGAAUAUCUGAAACAAGGUUUGAAUAUUGCUGCCCAUCAAUGAUUCCCUUCCAAAUGUACUGAGCUCGAGCAAUUUUGACAAAAACUAUGGAUAUAUGUUGCCCUAAGAGUU